GAGAAUAUUCCCAAUGAAGAGGCGAUCGCCCGGUUGAAGGAGAAGACGUCCUUUCAUAAGGUGCGGUCUUUGGAUAAGUUUAUUUGUCGCAACUAUUUCAUUGAUUUCAAUACAAUGCAACUCCAUUACGAGCCCUCCAUCAAGAGCUUCAUGUGCAGAGAUGUACCCUAUAUUGAUUUGUGCGAUUUGUCAGAAGUAAGGAAGGGUUGGGAAUCGGAUCGCUUUAAUGUAAUCGACGCCAAAUUUCGACGCAAACUUCACGCCUCGAUUGGACCCAAGAAUUUGCCGCAACUCGAAGAGGAGAACUGCUUCUCUCUUGUGUUCGACAACGGCAUGAAAACCGAGGACUUAGUGGCACCUAAUCCUGAGAUAAGGGAUACUUGGGUUAAAGGACUUAGUUUCUUAAUCGCUAGUUAUAAGGAUCAACUGGUCAAUGAUGAGCAAACAGUUUGGCUUAAUAAGCAGUUCCGAGAGGCCGACAAGAAUAAUAACAAGAGCUUAAGUUUUGAUGAAGUGAUUACUCUUUUGAAUCACAUGAAUAUCUUAAUGAAUGAAAAGCACGCAAAAGCACUGUUUAAUAUGGCUCACAUCCAUAAACAUAAAAUGAAUUUAAGAGAACUGAAAGAGGAUACCUUAGAUCGGGAGGAGUUCCUUGUAUUCUAUCAGUUGCUUAACCAAAGACUAGAAUUGGAGAAAUUAUUUCGAAAGUAUUCAGUGAACAGCACUUGUAUUAUGGGUCCCGAAGAGCUCAGAGACUUUUUAGUAGAUGAACAGAAAUUGACGGGAAGCAGUAGUAUAGAAGCGUAUCGGUUGGCUCUGAUCAGAGGGUGUCGUUGUCUUGAACUCGAUGUCUGGGACGGCGACGAUGGAGAGCCCAUUAUAUAUCACGGAUACACUUUGACUACGAAAAUCACAUUGCGAGAUGUCCUCAAGACUAUACAUAAAUAUGCAUUUAAAACGAGUCAAUACCCGAUUAUCCUUUCGAUGGAAAAUCACUUGUCUAUUGAACAGCAAAUAAAAAUGGCUGAACUCAUGAGGGACAUCUUACAAGAUUAUUUAUAUGUAACUCCAGUCGACAAGAAUAAGAGUCACUUGCCUUCACCCGAGGCUUUAGUGCGAAAAAUUCUCAUUAAAGGCAAAAAACUACCACAACUUAAACCAAAGAAAUUAAUUAAAUUAAAGAAAGCGUUAGAUUUGAAUCCAAUCAAAGAAUCGGAAUCUGAAGAAUCAGAUGCGAGAGAUGAUGAGGAGGAAGACGAAGGCGAUGAGUCAGACGACGAGAUGAGUGACAAUGAGAUUACAGUUGAAGCCAAUGAUGCAAAUAUAGAGACAAAUGCAGAAAAUACAUCACAGAGUAAGACAGAGAAUAAGACACAGAAUACUAAUAAUACAGAGAAUAAAGAGAAGUCUAAAGACCAUAAUGCAUCUAAUAGUGAUAAUCACAACAAACUCGGACACACGUACAAAUUAGCGAAAGAAUUCUCAGAUUUAGUCAAUUACUGUGCGGCCAAGAAGUUUGUAUCAUUUGAUGACUGUUUGAAUAAGAAAAAAUGGAAAUAUUACGAAAUGGUGUCUUUGGAGGAAACAAAAUCUGAAAGUCUCUCCAAAAACAAAACCAAAAAUGAUGACUCGGACGAAGACACGGCUGAGACAGGGGGUGAGGCGGCGUCGACGGUCAAGAGUAAGUUUCCGUACGUCAACUUCACGAGAAAACAUUUGGUUCGCGUGUAUCCGAAGGGCACCCGAACUGAUUCAAGUAACUACAACCCCAUAACGCACUGGAAUGUAGGCGCGCAGCUGGUGGCACUCAACUACCAAACCUGCGAUAAACCCAUGCUUUUCAACGAAGCCCUGUUCGCGAUGAACGGCAAAUGCGGUUAUAUUUUGAAGUCAGAGUAUCUUAGAAAAGGCAAAGAAUACGGAGUGAGUGGUAAGACUUCGGUCGUUAACUCUCCGACAGGAAAAGUGAAGAAAGUUUGGAUUACAAUCAUUAGCGGACAGUGUAUUCCCAAACCCGGCAAUUCAUUCGAGGGAGAGAUCAUUGAUCCGUACGUUAAGCUUAAAGUUUAUGGACAUUCGGCCGAUUCUUUUGAGUUCAAGACAGACUCCGUCAAGAAUAACGGUUUCAAUCCCAUUUGGGAGCAAUCGUGUGAAUUUAUUAUUCGUUUGCCGGAAAUGGCUUUCAUUUCUUUUGCGGUUAAGGAUCAGUCAAAUACUGGAAAGAAUGCAGUCCUCGGACAGUAUAUGCUCGCAUUCAGAGCUAUUAUGAAAGGCUACCGUACCAUCAAUUUAGUGGACAGUGAGAAUCGGCCCAUAAGUCCGGCCUCUCUUCUGGUUCACGUCAGGUUCGAAGACGUGGCCGACUAUUGGAGUCCAGAGUAGACAUAGCUUUCCAUUGAGUACAGUAUUAGCACUUCUUUAGACACAAUUGCCAUAUAUUAAGCCAAAC